GCAACCAACUUACCAACUAGCAGAAACUGUCAAGAGUGUAAAAGGUAAUUUAAAAGAAUCUUCUUCAACGAAAUCCGGAAAAAAAAUAAUAUAAUACGAACGGCAUUCGCCAUGGGUUUCGCUACGGCGCACGACACCUGGGUAGCGCCCAUGCUACGUGAUGGCAUCAUCUUCGCGCCCAUGGUGUGCUUUUGGUUUACCUGCCAAUUUCUCUUCACAAAGCAGUUGCCGAAGCGGGUGCCAAACUGGAAGAAACUGACGACUGCUCAGAAGGAAGAUAUAAUUGUGCGUUGCUGCAGCAUCGCCAAUGCUGGCAUCAUGUCCCUCUCUGCCGUGCUCUUCGUCACGAACCUUAUCAAGAGUGGCGGGGUGCUGUCCAACGACUUGUACGCGACCAUGCCGUAUUAUCGCUUCAGCCGCGUUGCAAUCGUGGCCUAUUUCGUGUGGGACAUCUUCGUGUGCUAUUAUUAUCGCUGGUCCUUGUCGUGGAAGCUCCACGCGUUCUGCAGCUUUAUCGGCAGCUACACGUUACUCUUUCCGUUUUCGGAGUACUACGCGGGGUACUACACCGGUUGCUUCGAGCUGAGCAACGGCUUCCUGCACGCGUCGAUCAUUAUGCGCGACUUGUGUGACAUCGCAGACAAGAAGACGCAGAAACGGUUAAUUGAGAAGCUGGAGAAGCGGGCCACGGUGUGUGAGUACGUCUUUGGCGGACUUUAUUUGCUGAUUCGCGUGAUCGGCGGCACCUACGUGACAGGGAACUGGCUGUACAGCGUCCUUAGUAACUGGCGUUCGGACGUGGUGCACGCCGGAGAGGCCGGGCACACGCCCCGGGUGCACAACGAGGUGGCGACGGGGUUAGCGGUGGUCGCCCUCACCACGGUUCAGCUGCUGCAGUACUUCUGGUUUGGCGAGAUUGUGAAGAAGGCGCUCGGACUUAGCAGCGGCGCCUCGGCUGAGCCGACGGACGGCGAGAAGAAAAAGUAA